AUGGAAACAAAAACAGAACAAGAAGAUAGAAAAAAGAAGAAAGAAAACAAUGAUCAAGAUGUAUUAAAUAAAAAGUCGAACAAUCCUAAGGAGAAACAUGAGAAAUUUCAGAAACUUUUUUAUUUUAAUGAAUCAUAUGAAAAUAAAAAUUCUGAUACAAAUUCGAAUAUUAUGAGUAAUACAUAUGAAAAUAUGUAUGAAGAUUUUUCAUCCAAUUAUGAUGAUAGUGCAUGUAAAUCUAAUGAUGAUUUAACUGAAUUUUAUUUAUAUAAUGAAAUUAAUAAUCAUAAAUAUAAUAAUAAUUUAUAUGAUUUUUAUUUAAGUAAGUUUAAUAAAAAUGCUGAGGAAAAAGAGAAGAUGAAAAACGCCAAACAUCAUUUUAUGGACAAAAUAACUUAUUUGAAAAAAAAAGAAAAGAACAACAAAAAUGAUCAUAAUAACACAAUGAAUAAUAAAAGCAAUAUUAAAAAUAGGUAUAGUGGAAAUAAUAAGAAUUAUAGUAAUAAUAAUAAUAAUAAUAAUAAUAAUAAUAGUUGUAUAUUCUUAGAUAAAGAAAAAAUAUAUAAUUUUGAAAAAGAUUAUGUAAAUCAUGAUGAAUUCGAAUACGAUAAAAUACAAAACGAAAGAAGUAAAAAAAAUAAUCCUAGUGAAAAUGUAUCAUAUAUAAAUAAUUCUCAAAAGGAUGAUCAAAAUAAUGUGUGUUUUGAUUUUAAUUUAUCAGAUAUAAAAAAUGAUAAUAAAAUGAAAAAAGAGAAUAAUAAUUGUUAUCCAUAUUAUUUUAAGACCAAAUAUGAUACAGAUGAAAAUGUUACUGAAAAAAAACAUAAAUUUUUAAAUAAUAAUGGAUAUAACUUAAAAAUAAAUAAUGAUAUAUUGCGUAUGGAUAAAAAUGAAAAUUAUUAUAAUAACAAAAGUAAUAUUAAAAAAAAUGAUAUGAAGGAAAAUAAUAUUAAUAAUAAUAAUAAUAUGAAUAACAAUAAUAUUAAGAAUAAUAAUAUUAAUAAUGUAUAUAUGAAUGCAUUAAUAAAUAAGUGCGAUUAUACCAUCACUUGUUAUAUGUAUAAAAAGACAAAUGCUACACAUAUAUAUAGAAAGAAAAUAUUAUUAUUAAAGAAGAACUUUUUAAUUAUUAAUAAAUAUAAACAAAAUAUGAAUAAUAUGGAUAAACUGGUGUACAAUGAUAUUUUUGAUAUAUCAUAUUCUAGAUAUAGUAAUAUAUAUAAAACUUCAAAUAAUAUAUAUAAGUUCAGUUUGUACGCUAGAAGAGUAUGUAGAAAUAAUAGUAUCAUCAACAAUAAUAAUAAUAACAACAACAAUAAUAAUAAUAAUAAUAAUAAUAGUAAUAAUAAUGAUAACAACAACAACAACAACAAUAAUAAUAAUAAUAAUAAUAAUAACAGUAAUAAUAAUAAUAAUAGCAAUAAUAAUAACAGCAAUAAUAAUAAUAAUAAUAAUAAUAGCAGCAUUGAUAAAAACAUUAACAUUAACAAUAACUAUUAUGAUAAUAAUUAUAAUUUGAGCAACAAUUAUUAUAAUAACAAUAGUUCUAAUUCAGAUAAUAGUAAUUUUUUCUCCUUAAAAAAAAUGAAGAAAAAAAAAAAAAGUAAUUAUUAUAAAAUAUCGAAUGAUGGUUAUAAUUACAAUGAUGAAUAUAUAAGAUUAGCACAUCACAAUGUGAAUGUUAUUAUUGAAUUAAUAAAUUUAAUGAAAAUUAUUUCUGUUUAUGGAUCUAUAAAAAAAUAUAUGAAAAUAUUAUUUUUGAAAUUUACAAAAAAUAUAUUUUUAAGAAAUUAUGAAAUUUGUAAUUCAUCACCAAAUUAUUUAGCAUUUCUUAAAAAUUAUUAUAAGUCCAUAAAUAGAGGAUUGUAUAAUUAUAUAUAUGUUAAUAUAUUAAAGAUAAAGAAUUUAGAGCAUAUAAAAUAUAAUUACAUAUAUGCUAUAAUUGAUGUAGAUGAAUUUCUUUAUUAUUAUAAAUAUGAGCAUAAUAGGGAUAUGUUUAUACCAUUAUUUUCAGAUAGACAGAACAAAAUUAUUUUCAAUUUCUAUACAGAUACAAAUUUAUAUUUAGGUAAUUUUGUAUUUAACAGUUAUGAAAUUGAAAAACAUAUUGAUUUUGAUUUUGAUGAAAUAGAUGAGAUAAAUGAAUUACGUUAUAGAUCUGAUUUGUUACUAAACAAAAAUAAAAUGGUUCAUAAUAUAAAUGACAAUAAUAAUAAUAAUAUGAAUAAUAAUAAUGAUGGUGAUGAUAUUUAUAAUGUUGAUGGUGAUAAUGAUGAUAUUGUGAAUGAUUUUAAUAAUAAUAAUAAUAAUAACAACAAUGUUGAUAAUAAUAUUAAUAUUACUGAUAAAAAUGAUAAUAUUAAUGGGGAAUAUAUUAAUAACCAGAAUAACAAUAAUAUUUAUAAUAUUCAUGAUUAUGGUAAUAAUAUGAGUGAAGACUAUGAACAGAUAAAUUAUAGUUCCACGUCUUCCAAUAAAACCGAGAAUUUAUUCAGCUCACUUGAUAAAAUUCAUAAUGACAAAGAAGGAAAUGAUAAUUCCUUAUUAAAUCAGAAGAAUAUAUUUUUUGAUAGGAAUUAUUUUUUUGUAAAGAAAUUAUAUAAUGAUCAAAAAAAGAAUAUUCAGAAAACUAGUAAAUAUAUGUCACAAUUAAAUGAUAAUAAUAUUAUGCAUGUUCAUAUAUAUAUAUAUAAAAGUAAAAAUCGAUUUGAUUAUUUAUUACCAACUCAAAAGAAAACUAAUUUAUUAUGUAAUGAUGAUCAUUUAUCUUUAACUAAUAAUAAUUUAAAUAAUAAUUAUCAAUUAAUAAAUUUAUUUUUAAAUAAUUUUAAGAAAACUAUGCAAAUAAAAUAUCGAUUUAAAGCAAUAAUAGGAAAAAUAAAUAGUAUUUUUGAAUUUCAAAAUUUCUUAUUUUCCAUUUUUUCUAUUUUUUAUAUAUUAUUAUGUUGUUAUUAUAAAAAUUAUAUACAUUUUAUUAUAUCAUUUACUAUCAUAUUCUUUAUAUGUAUAAAUAAUGAAAAAAAUUAUGAAUGUUAUAGGAAAAUCUUGUAUGAAUUUCCAAUAUUAUAUUUAUUUUUCCCAAAUAAAUUAUUAUGUAAAAUAUCAAAGAAAUCCAAUUUAUAUCAUUUGCACACAUUUUUACAUAUUUUUUUAUUAAACAGAUUUCCUUACUUUUUCCAAUAUUUAUAUAAGAAUCACAAAUGUAAGUGUUUAUAUUUUUUUGCAUAUGCUCCAACAUAUCUGGGAAAAUAUUAUAACCAUUAUUUUUUAUCACCACCUGAGGAAAAUGAAUUAAAUAAUAGCAAAAUAUCCAUGUCUUUCAAUAUUUCUAAAUUUAGAGAUCAUAAAAAGAAAUCCCAUGCACAUGAUUUAUGCAAUAAUGCAAAGUUAUUACCAAGACGUACCUUUUAUAAUGUGAUUGAAAAAAUGGAUAAUAAUAAGCAAUUAAUGAUUAGCAAUUUGGAUGAAAAUAUAAAAAGAAGUGAAAUUACAAGAGAUAUAUAUUAUAAUAAUGAAUUAGUAUGCACAAAGAUGUCUGAUGGUAUGAAUAAGAAAUGUCUUUAUCGUUAUGAAAAGAAGUUAAGUGGAAGUAUGGAAAUGAAUUUAUUAAAUAAUAAUCAAGAAAAUGAAGAAAUUAAUCUUACACCUAAUAAUAAUAAUAAUAAUAUUAAGUGUGCUAAUUAUCCUAAUGAUGACAAAUAUAACAGUGUAUUACUAAAUAAUCAAAGUUUACAAAACGAUGAAACAAAUGUUCAUAUAGUGAAUGAUAAUAAGAUAUGUGAAGAAAACAUGAAUAAUAAAAAUGAUUCAGACAAAAAUUGUGAUAUAACAAAUGAAUAUAUGUUGAAAAAUUCUACAUUUGAAGAAAAUUAUAAAAAUUGUAGUAAUAUAUAUGAUCUAAAAGAAGGAAGUGAUAAUGUUGAAAUGGAUAAUAAAAAUAAUGAUUCGAAGGAUGAUCAUAAUAGUGAUUUAAUUGAUUAUAAUAAGGAUAAUAAAAUAAAUGAAUAUCCAAAAGAACAUUCUAGUGAUAUAGCAAAUAAUAUAUCAAAAAAUAAAGAAUUGGUAGUUAUGAAUAAUAAUGAGGAGGAUGAAAAAUUAAAAGAAAAUUAUAAUUUAGUGACUUCUUCACAACAUCAAAUUGUAGAUAACAAAAAAUGUGUAUUAUCAAUUAAUAAUAAAUAUAAUACCCAUACAAAUGAUUGUCGAUUGAAAAGAAGUUUCUCAGAUAUGAGAAAUGUUAUAGAUGAUGAUAUAAUAAAAGAAGAAAGAAAUAUUUUUAGUGAUACUGAUAAAAUUAAAAGUGUUUGUUGUAAUAUGGAAUAUAAGAAAUUAUCAGAGGAUAUGGAGUGUUGUUUUUGUGAAAAUAAUAUGAAUAAUUUAUGUAUUGAAAAGUGUUCAAUUUUAUGUGAUGAUAAAAUAGCUGGACGCAAUUUAGGAACUGUUAUAGGUAAUAAUUUAGGUCUUAAUGAUAUUAUGCUAAUGGAUUUAGAAAUAAAAAUUAUGAAUAAUAUGAAGCGUAAUUAUUAUGAUUCAAUGAAUGAUUUAGGAAAUAUAAAAAGUGUUGAAGAUGAUAAAGUAGUAGAUUAUGAGAACAAUAAAAGAAAAAUGAAUAAUAAAGAAUUUUCUUUCGAAAUUAAUAAUGAAAAAUAUCAUAUGGAUUUGGAUGCAUAUGAAAAUGAACAAAUUAAAUUUUCUAAAUUUUUUGAUGACAAUAAUAAAUUAUCAUAUGAAAAUUAUUAUGAUGGAUAUAUCCAUAUGAAUAAUAGGAAAAAUAAAUAUUCUUCUUAUAACUAUCCAACGAACCAUACAUAUAAAAGUUAUUCCUUCCGUUGUGAUACACUAAAUUGUGAUACGAAAUACUCAUUUUAUAGUUUUAUUGAAUAUUUUCCAAAAUAUUUCUAUUCAUAUAUAGAGAUGUUAUAUAUAAAUAUAAUACUUAUCUUUAUGUAUAUAUACUGUUUUUUUAUAAUAACUGUUCAUGGUGGCUUAGAAAAUGACCUUCCUUUAUAUUUUUAUUUCUUAAAUAAAAAAAAGAAAAGGUGCAAAAAAUUAAAACCAAAAGAAAGUAAAAAUUAUUCUUAUGAAAACAAACAAGAUGAGGAUAUUAAAGAAGAAAUCAAGAGAAAAAAGAAUGAAGAAAAAAAGAAAAAUUACAAAUCCAAUUUUUUAUUUAAAUCUAAGCGAUUUUUUAAUACAUGGAAGGAGAAAGGGAAAUGGUAUACUAAAAAUAUUAAAAUUAAUUUAAGCAGAAAUAUGUCAGAUGAUUCAAGUUCUUUAAAAAAUGAAGAUAUUUAUGAAAAUGAUGAUAACUACAUUGAAAAUAAAAAGGUUAUUAAAAUGGAAGAAUAUGACAUUAAAAAUAUAGAGCCAUGUAAUAAUAAUAAUAAUAAUAAUAAUAAUAACAAUAUAAGUAAUAAUUAUAAUAUAGUUAGUUAUAGUUCUUUUAAAGAAAUUACUUUAAUACCUACUAAUUCAAAAGAAAAAGUCGAACAAUAUGAAAUUAACAAAAUAGAAACAACAAUUAAAGAUGAAAAUAUUUGUAUGAAAAAUAGUGAUAUAAAUAACUACCAUGAUAGUAGUGAUUAUAAUAAAUGUUUUGAGAUGUCAUUAGAUGAUUCAAAGAGGAAUUUAUCAUUCAUUGAAUUGAAAGAUUUGAAAAAUCAAAAUAAAAACUUACAAUAUGAUAACAAUAAUAAUAAUAAUAAUAAUAAUAAUAACAAUAUUGGAGAAGAAAAUUCCUUGUUAAAUAUUCAAGAUGGUGAGGCAAAUAACGAAUUAAUUUGUAAAACUAGCGAUUCUCAUAGUGCACAAUUUAAUACAUGCAGAUCACUUCCAAUCGGGUCGUUAAACGAACUAAAGGCAUAUAAAUCUCUUUCAUAUCAUGAUGAUGUAAAGGGUGAAAAGAGAACAGAUAUAAAUGAAAUUGACCUUUCAAAUAAAGAAAAAAAUACUGGAACGAAGGAGAAUGAGGAAAGUAAGAAAGGCUAUAUGAAAUUUAUUGACAAACUAAAAGACAUUAAAGAAGAGAAAAUGAAUCAAUUAAAAAAUAUGUACAAAUCUGAUAAGAAUCCUCAACUUCUUAAAAGAGGUUUAGGUCUUUUAAGAAACCAUUUACAUAAUGAUAACCAUAGAAGUAAUAGUAACAAAACGAAAAAUUCUUUUGAACAUUUUAUUAAUAAGGAUGGAAAAGAGAAUAAACUAAAAAAAAAGAAGUUUAAAAUAAAAAGAAAAAAAAUAUAUGGUAGUUCUAUAAAUAACAAUGAAUCAUCUAUUUAUAAGGAUUCAUUUAUAUCUGAUCCAAUUAUAAAUGCAAACGAAUCGAUGGAAGUAGUAAAAAGAAAAAAAGAAAAAAUGAAUUGCAUGAAACAUUUGAAUGAAGUAAAUAGUUAUGAAAAUAAUACGGAAUCAUUCUUUAAGAGACAUUUAAAUAGAAGAAAUAAAAAUAAAAAUCUUUUAAUAAAUGAAAAUUUGUUAGAUAGAAGUGUUGCUUCGAGUAGUUCAACAUAUAAGGAUAAUGUAUUUGAAAUAAAAAAAAAUGAUAAAAAUAAUAUAUUUUAUAAUGUAUAUAAAAAUUCUGAAUUAGAUAUUGACCGAAGUAGUUUUAAUACAGAUGAUUUAUCACUUUUUCAAGAGAAAAAAAUGUUAUGCAAUAUAUCGUUUAAUUCUAAGAGGAAAGAAUUAAGAGACAAAAUUAUUUCAUAUAUGAGAAAUAGAACAAAUAAAGAACAGAAAAAUAAAUAUUCAGAAAUGGAGCAAAAGAAUAGUGUUGGUACAAGUACAUUAAAUGAUGAAGGAAUAAUAAAUUUAAAAUAUCCAAGGGAUAUUAUAUAUUCAAAGGGAAAUAAUAAUUCGAUCCAUUUGAAAUAUCAAAAAGAUGUUGCAUAUUUAUACGACUCUAAGUGUGUUGACAAAAUUAAUGGUGACAAUGAAAAUUUAAGUUUAUGUGAUCAUAAUGAAUAUACAAAUUAUUGUGAUAAUGGAGAUUUCACAAAACUAUCUGAUAAUCAAGAAGAGUUGACAUUAAAUGAAUACAAUGAUAUUAUAAAAGCAAGUGAAAAUAAAAUAAUGGAUAAUAUGGUAGAUACGAAUAAAAAGAAUUAUUUUAUGAAAGCAAAUGUAUCUUUUACAAUAUCACAUAAAAUAAUUAAAAGAAAAUAUGAUUAUCGCAAAAUUAAUGGAAUAGGUUAUUACAGUGAAUAUGACAUGCGUAGAGUUAUAAGAAAUAGGAAGAAGAAAAGCAAAAAAAAAUUCUUUCAUUCAAAUAGUAUAUUAAAAAUAUUAGAACAUACUAAUGAAGAAGAUGUAACAGUAGAAAAAGAUGUUAAUAAUAGAAUUAGUAGUUUUUAUUCAAUAAAAAAUGAUAAACAAAUUGAGUACUGUAUAUUUAACAAAUCAGUAGAAAAGGAAACAAAAAAUGUUACAUUAGAAAAGAAGGAAAAUAUAAAUGAUAUUAAUAAAAAACAAAUUAGUGACAUAAAACAAGUGAUAGAUAUAAAAAAGGUUAAUCAAGAUAUAUCAACAUUAUGUACAAAAGAAAAAAAUAUAUUAAAUGAACAUAUUGAAGAAAAUAUUCCAAAAGAAACAACUGAACCAUUUUCAAACGAAUUAAAGGAACAAAAAAAUAAUGUAGAAUAUGCUGUUGAGAGAAAAAAAAAAACACAAGAUGAAUUAAAAGACGAUCAACAACAGAACAAUGAAAAUAUGAAUGAAGAAGAGGGUACCAAUUUUUUUUCAUUGAAGAAAAAUAAUUUAUUUCUUAAUAUGAAAGAAAAAUUUAUGAAAUUAAAAAAUAUGAAUAAAAAUAAUUUUGCUUUUAAGGACAAAUUAAAAAGACUUUCAUUAAAUAAAAAUAAAACAAAUUCAAAUAAUGAAAUUGAUCAAGGGAAAAAAAAACAUGCUGAUUAUUUUUACAAUAUAGGAGAAUUGAUUGAAGAAAAAUGUAUAAAUAAAUUAAAAAGGAAUAUAUUAUUUAGAAAUUUAUUAGAAAAAAAUAAUGAUAUGUUAGAUAAUACGUUUGAAGAAAAUAGAGUUGCAAAUACUUCGAAUUAUAAGGAUAAUAAAAUAUAUUAUAAUAGAAAACUAAAUGAGCAUAAUAAUAAAUCAUAUAGUAAUAUAAAGAACAAAAUGUAUAUGUUAAAAAAGAGUUCUACACAAACAUGUAAGAUUUUUCAUAGUAAUAUUAAAAAUAAUCAAAUUGUCUAUAACGAAUUUGAUAGAAGAAAUAUAUUUAAUAAUAAUACAUUCCUGAACAAAGAAUUUAAUUAUAUUAAUAAAUCUAUACUUUUAAGACAUUCGAAUUUAAGACGAAAUUUAUUUAGUAAUAGUAGUUAUAAAAGUAAACUAGAAUUAAUAAGUGACAUUACAUUUCAUAGUCAUAAAAAAAAAAAAAGAAGACAAAAACAUAUUAUAACAACUAUAGUAAAUAAUUGUAAUAAAUUGUUAUUAAAUAAAAAGGAUUAUUAUAAAUCUAUACCAAAAAAUAAUAUAUUGGAUCUAUUAUAUUAUUUCUUAUUAACGAAUUGUGUUAAUUUUCUUUUAAUUUUAACGAUAACAUAUUUAUAUAUGAACAAGAUAUAUAAUAUUUUUAUGUAUUCAAAACAUGUACAUUUAAAAGAAAUGAAAAAGGAAAAGAAAAGAAAUGUUGAUUUUAAUCAUAUUGUUCGUAUUAUAUAUAACAAGAAUGUAUUUUCUUCAAAUGCCUAUAACUUAAAUAUUAGUAAACAUAAAAACAUGUAUUUAAAAAAAAAUAUAUUUAAACAAAUAUUUGUUCAAAAUAAAAAGUCUAAUAUAAAUAAAAAUAAUGAGAAAUAUGAAGAGAAUGAUGUGUCAUCAGAUACUCUACAAAUGGAACCAGCUGAAUUAAAAUAUAAUUUUUCUCCAAGUAAAUAUGACGAAAUAAAGGAUAAAAAAAACAUUCUCACAAUUUAUAAAAGUGCAAAAACUCAUAUUAAAAGUUUUAUGUCAAAACAUAUGAUACUUAACAACUUCUUGGAGAAGUUUCUUAACCUUUUUAACUAUAAAAAUUUAAAUUUAACUAAGAUCGUUAUUGCCAUUUUUGCAUAUUUUGCAAUCAUAUUGUUUCCUAUAAAAUUUCAUCACUUGGUUAUUUUAAAGUUGCUACAUUGGUAUUACAAGGGAUACUUGAGGAGAUAUUACAAAAAUGUUAUUUUGUAUAGCAUUUUGGAGAAUAUAAAAAAUAUUAAAAAGAAUUUAAAAUUGUAUAAGCCCAUAUGCUCUUUAAAUGAGGAUGAAUAUUAUGCUUUAAUUGAAGAAAUUAAUAAAACCUGUAACCAAUGUUUAAAUUUAUCUCAAUUUAAAGAUAUAAAUGAUGAGUAUGAUUUGGCUAAUGUUAUAAUGAAAAAUUUGAAAGAAUUUUCAGAAAUAAAAAAAAUUAUAAGGCACGAAUGGUACUACAAUCUCUUAAAUAAUUCUCCACAUGAUAAUACUACUAUUAUAAGUCAAAGAAAUAAUAUUACCAUAUAUUAA